CGUGCUAGCUAGCAGGCCGAGUUUUUCUUGGCUAUUCCCUUUGCAUCGUAUUUUUCGUUUUAUUGUUUCUUUACAUCAUUAUAUUACGAGAUAUAUCGCGACAUGAAAGUGCACACUCUUGAACGUCGUCAUGGUAUCAAGCUGUAGUACAGUGCAGUCACUGGAAUGGAUUUGCCCUUAAAAAACAUGUACGAGACAUUCAAAGAUGAAAUCUGGAAAGAGCUGGGACCACUGGAUCACAAAUGGUUUGACAUACUGACUGCUCAAACAUCAGCGAAUGAGGGCAGCGGCUCUGAUCAAGAUGAGCUAUGUGCCAAUCAGGAGGGACAUUUUAAAACCCCUUUAGACAAAACUGCAGUAGACAGUCAGCUGUUUUCUACUCCAAAAGUUUUCAGACACAGUCGAAUUGUGUCACCUGAAAUAGAGGAUGAGCAGUCGUUCUCUACUACACAAGAAAAUGAUACAUUGCCAUGGACGGAAACACAAAGUCCAUACAUGUUUCGGAUCUCAAAAAAGGGGGUUCCUGAUACAAAAUAUGAGGAAAUCCAACCUCAGAGUCAGGACAAUUUUGAUCCACUUGAUACCCCGCAUAAAUCUCCAAUGAGCUAUGCCAAGCAUAUUUCUGAAAGUCUUGGUGCACAGAUUAACCCUGAUAUUUCAUGGACCAGUUCUUUGAAUACACCACCCCCUGUUCCAUCUACCCUGAUUUUGUCUAAAGUUGAUGAGAGUCCCUGUCCAGUGAGUGUUUCUGCAGACAAAAGUGUUGUUUUUGUACGGAAGCUUUUCCCUUCUCUUUCAAAUCCUUCCAGAAUUGUGGUAGCACCACCUAAAAAUGAUAAUAUAACUACUGAUAACCACGAUGCUGUUUUGCCUGAAGUUGUUUCCUCCCAGACUUUAUUAACGCAGAAUGAGGGUAUUUGGCAACAGAUACUGCAGGGUGCUAAUGGAGAUGGCAAAAUGGCCAGUGCUCCUGAUGAAUUUCAAAAUGCUUCAUCCACUUUCCUCGCCAACAGUAGUUCAGCACUGAGAAAAGUGAAACCUGACAGAAUCAGACGGAAGCAAUUCAAAUUAAGUGAACAUGACUGCAGCUCUACAGAUAUCUCAAAAACAAACCAGCCUAAUGAAGAGCACAAAGCUGAUGAAGAACAUAGCACCGUUCCAUCAUCCCCACCGGCAAAAAAUGGAAGCACUGGAAUCAGCCAAUGGUCUCCAUUGAAUUUAUCUGAAAUUCCCCCUUGUACUGCAGAAAAUAAUAUUUUAACAGAACUGCAGCCUGACUUUGAUUCUAGACAGCUUGUCAGGCCACCUAUAAAAAUCACAGACACUGGAUUAAUUAGGAAAAAAAGAAAAUUUGUUUACACUGUUGAGACUUUGAAGCCAAAAGUUAAAGAAAAUGAAACUAACUUUCAGAAGAUUAACACAUCAUCAGGAAUUCCAGAUACUGGACCAAAACUGAGUAGUAAGCAGUCAGAAGAUGCCCCAGAUGAAGCAAGCUGCUGCAGUAAUGAGAAGAAUGCAGAAGAAAAACGUACUUUGGAAAAUUUGCCUUCAUCUGUGCAGGAAAAAGUCCAGGAUCUUGACAUGUCACAGCUUCACAAAGAUUUUGCACAAGACUUCAGCCAAAUCUCAGACUCUGGUACACCGACUAAAGGAGUUGCAGAAGAUCAAGACCACUUCUCACCUUCAGCCUGUCUGUUGGCCAUGAAAAAAGCUAAGCAUCAAACAAUUCAAGCAAGCAUUCACCAUGACUAUAACAGCAUCAGUAACACAGGACAUACGUCUACCACUAAUCAAAAUUAUUCCACCAAUGAAGGCACCAUAAGUGACAGUGGUUUCCAGUCUGCUGUUGCAGAUAUCACUCACACUGCAUCUUCUUGUAUUGUUCCUUGCUCAGAAAACACUGGAUCAAAAACUGAUAUUCACAGGACUACUCCUUUUCCAUCUACGCACAGAGGAAAUGAAAAAUCCCAGCUCCUGGAAAGACAGACUACAGAUGGCGAAAGAGAAGGUCAGUUGGACAUGGAGAGCACAUUAACACAACUGCCAAGCAGUCUAAAAGGAACUGAUGAUGGCCAUAACUGCAUUCCACAAAAUGGUGAGGUUCAUGGCAGACUGCUAGAGAAGACAAACAUUUCUCUUCCACCCACCCAUGCAUCAGGAUUCAAAACGGCUUCAAAUAAAGGUAUACAAAUUUCCUUGGCCAACCUGGAGAAGGCAAGGCAUCUCUUUGAAGAAAGAAAUGGCCAUCAGCCCACCAAAUGCAACAGUGCCACAAAACGUAAAAAUAGCCAGAGCAAUGGAUCCAUGAAAAGCACAGUUUCUGUAUCAAAUCAGCAACCUUCUGUAAGCGAAAUAUUUGAGGGUGGCAGCUGCCACUUAACAGCUUCACAAAAAGCUGAUGUGACAGAACUGUGCACUCUCUUGGAAGAAGCAGAUAGCCAGUUUGAAUUUACACAGUUCAGAGGUGCAGAAGUAAAACAGCCUUGUCAAGAAAAUGCCUGCUUUCUAGAGAAGACUGACAAAGACCUUGAUCCUGAUUUUCUUGCAGGCAUAGAUUUUGAUGACAGCUUUAGUUCAGAUGCUGAAAAGCACUUGGCAAUAACUGCCAUGCCUGACAAAAUGACCUGUGUGGUAGAUGAAAAAGCAAAUGGUGGGACAUCAAACAUCACUGAUAAAUCCACCGGUGUAUCAGUGUCGAGUUCUGUUAAAAGAGAAAAUAUCUCUGCUGGAGAGGGGCUUUCCUCUUCAGAAGACAUUCCUGGAAGAAAUAAUUGGCUUAUAUCAAAGAAGCAAAAAAGUCUUAACAGAGCUGAGCACGGUGACGCAAGCAAGAUGGAGAAACCGAACCCUUUAAUGCUUAGUGUUACCUUUAAGACUGCAGGAGGGAAUGCUUUAAGAGUUUCAAAAACAUGUCUAAGCAAAGCUAGAGCUUUAUUUGCUGAUUUAGAGAUUAAUGUGUCAGAUCUGAAUAUAUCAAACAAACAGGCUGCUGAGACUGAUGCAAAAACCAAAAAGAUGUGCAAUGUAGAUUCUGAAACGGCCAAAGCCGAUUUCAAGUUCACUCUCAAAGACGACUGCCACGUUGAAGAGAAAACUUGGAGUUGUUUUUCCAACACCAAACAGCCUGUCUCUGCAUUAAAACAGGCCAGAGACAUGCAAGAUAAAGAUACUACGAAAAAUUUUGAAAACUGCAAAAUAGAUGCCAUUACCAUUUCUGAGGAACAUGCCAUUGUAGACACAGAGUUUGAGAAUGUAAACACUGGACUAAGUAGGUCACAUCCUGAUGAUAUAGAAAUGGAACGUGUUGGUUGUAACACUGUGCUGGAAUUUAAAAAUCCAGUUUCUUUCCAUGAAAACUCAUUUUCCACUUCAAAGCUUCUACCAUGCCCAGCAUCAAAGAGUAUUGAUUCCUCUGCCAUCAGUGAAUUGAGCAGUGGUGAUGGAUUCUGUACAGCCAGUGGGAGGAAAGUAUCCGUGUCAGCUGAUGCAAUGAAAAAGGCUAAAUGUCUUCUGAAUGACACUUAUUCACUUGAAGACACAACCAAAAAAAUAAGCCAAAAAGAAAAUGUUUUAAGAACAGCACAGUUCACUGCUCAAAAUAAAGAAUCUAUUCCUAAAACAAGUGGAUUUGACACAGCCACUGGGAAAGGAGUUUCAAUUUCAUCCACAGCUCACAAGAAAGCAAAAUGCCCGUUGAGUGAAUCUGAUAAAGUGUAUCAUAAAAUCAAUGCAAAACCAUCACAUUACAAGAUUCCAGUAUAUGGCCCACCACCCAGCAAUGUAGGAUUUCUUGCAGCCAGUGGAAAGAAAAUAGCAUUUUCCUCAAAGGCCCUUCAAAAGGCCAAAGCACUUUUCAGUGACAUCAGUUUCAGUGCAGACAGCCCAGCUGGUCCUCACCCAAAGAACGGUGACAAGAAAAAUGACAAUUGUGAACAUCCAGACAAAAUGCAGAGUGGUUUGACCGCAGAGGGAGAAAACGUCCAUGUCUCAGAGAAGCACAUUUUAAAGGACUUUGAAGAUUCUGUUUUAACAAACGCUAUGCAAGAGAGAGUAGACUGUGAUAUAGACGUUAACAAUGGUGAAAAUAUUAUGCAUACAAGUGGAAGUGGCAGUGACUUAGGAAUUGGACCAGAUCAAGGGGUGACUUCAAACAUUUCUGUAGAGUCUGCAAAUAAACAAGUGAAACAAAAAGACAGUUUGCCACUACAAAGUGGUGGAUUUGGUCCAGUAAAUGGAAAGGGAGUUUCCAUUUCAUCUGAAGCCCUUAAGAGAGCAACAUCCCUGUUGGAGCAAUGUGAUGAAGUGAACACUAAAAUCAAUGUUAAUCAGUCACAUUUGAAGACUUCAGUUUACAGCCCACUCCCCACAAGUGGUGGAUUUCAUGCAGCCAGUGGAAAGGCUUUGACACUUUCAUCCGAGGCCCUUCAGAAGGCAAAAACUCUUUUCAGUGAUAUCAUUUCCAGUGCAGAGAGUCCAGUUGUUCCACACACACGGAGUAUAAAACAUUUUGUAAAGUCUGGAAGUGGAUGCACUGAGGACAAAAACAAACAGCUAAAAAAAGAAGAAGCCAGUUUCCCACUACAAAGUGGUGGGUUUCAGACAGCGAGUGGAAAAGGACUUGCUAUUUCAUCUGAAGCCCUAAAGAAAGCAAAAUCCCUUUUGCGUGAAUUUGAUGAAUUGGGUGAUAGAAGUGGAAAGCCAUCAUGUUCAAAGACUCCAGUCCCAGAGAAUGGUGGAUUUCUUGCACCCAGUGGAAAGCCUAUGGGACUUUCAUCUGAGGCCCUUCAGAAGGCUAAAACUCUCUUCAGUGAUAUAAUUUCCAGUGCAGAGAGCCCACAUGCAAAGAACAGUGACAGAAACCAUGACAACUGUGAACCUAUGGCGAAAAUGCAGAGUGGUUUCAAAACUGCAGGCGGAAAAAAGGUUCAUGUAUCACAGAAAGAUCUUCUGAAUGCAAAACAUCUUUUGAAGGUCUUAGAUGAUUCUGUUUUAACAAAAGCAAUGCAAAUGGCAGAAGACUGUGAUAUGGAUGUUAACAAUGGCAUUUCAGCAAAACACAAAAGUGUAGCACCUAUGGUUGGAACAGGCAGUGAUGAGAAAAACCUUCCAGAAACCAGACUACAGCAAAAGGCGACUUUGGGCUUUUCUGUAGAGUCUGAGAAAAGAUACACUGAGGACAAAGACAAACAAGCGGAACAAAAAAAUGACACUUUGUCGCUACAAACAGCGAGUGGAAAAGGAGUUACCAUUGCAUCUGAAGCUCUAAGGAAAGCAAGAUCUCUGUUGGGUGAAUGUGAUGAAAUGGAGGAUAAAAUUGGUAUAAACCCUUCAUCUUCCAAGAUUCCAGUUCAUGACUCACUUCCUCAGAAUGGUGGAUUUCGUGCUGCAAGUGGAAAGCCUGUAGCACUUUCCUCUGAGGCCCUUCAGAGGGCAAAAGCUCUCUUUGAUCUGUCAAAAGUAGAAGAUGUGGAAGGACCUUCGGGUUCAAACCUCACCACAGCCUCUGACAAGUACAUGUCUACCAAGGGAACUGCCUCUCUUGUAGUUGAAUCUGUGCCCUCCUUGCAAGAGUCUGACCUAAAAGUUGAAAAUUUAAGAGGACAUGGUUGUACAUCUGUCAAUAACAAGGCAGCUAAAGAUGCAUUUAAGUUUCAGGAAGACACCAUAACACCAUCUGGGGCAGGCACUCUGCAUGAUUGCCCUGAAGAGGAAAUGCAGCGUCUGCUGGACUAUGAAAUAAAUAAGGAGAGCAGCACCAAGGAGUCUAAAGUUUUAAAACCAAAUGAGUCUUCAGUUCUUAACUUUCAGUCACUUAACCUUACUGGUUGCACAGAGACCCAGCAAAAAUUUCUUGCCCAGGAAGCUCUGGACUGUACUAAAGCUUUGCUAGAAGAUGAAGGUCUGGCUGACCACAAUCUCUUGAUGACUUUAGAAAAUAUGCCACUACAACAUAACACAAGUGCCAAUGGGUGUGAAGAGAGUGAAAAGAGAAGAGGGAAAAGAUCAGUGGAAGACACAGAAAUGAAUGGUCAACCUCCCCUAAAAAGACGGUUACUGGAAGAGUUUGACAGGAGUCUCGUGGAUCCAAAAGCUUCAACUCUCCACCCAGUCAAAAGUUGCUCCAAUGGUUUAAUGAAGGACAGGGGAGUUUUUAAAUACAGCACCUCCCUUUAUCCAAACAUUACUCGGCCACACAGUGGAAAAACCUAUGUGGAAACUAGAUUCCAAAAGACACAAAUACAGAACUCAAUGACAGGAGACCCCAGGAGCAAAUCAGCACAUUACAAGACAUCAGCAUUUGUUCCUCCAUUUGUCAGAAAUGCAAAGACAGAAACCCAUAAGAAUAUGGUGCUCAAGGACAGCAUAAGAACACCUUUGGCCUUUGUUCCUCCAUUCAAAAAACAAAGAACUAUUGUUCAAGAGAGUUCCUGUAAAGCGCAUGAGGGGGAAGACAAACACCAAAAACCAUUUGUAAUGUCAUCUAACAGCAAGUGUUUUGUGCCGCCCACUAAAAAAACACAAGGCGCUGUGGAUGGAACUGCUGUGGCUGCAGCUCGAAGUGACGAUAUGAAUAAUCAAAGCUUACCUGUUGACUUCAGGUCUGUCAGUGCUGUUGGAGAGACAUCAGGUGUAGAUGGCACAUGUUCAAGAAGCCAAGAUGUAUAUCAGAAUCUCCAGAACACUGAGUUGGCACAGGAUAUGCAAGACAUGAGGAUCAGGAAGAAGAAGCGCCAGAACAUUCGACCUCUUCCAGGGAGCUUGUAUCUUAAAAAAACAUCAGGAGUACCCAGGAUCCCACUAAAAGCUGCAGUGAAUGGAAAGAUCCCAGGAAGAUACACCCCAAAAAAGCUUUAUGGAUAUGGAGUCCAAAAAUAUGUUUCCAAUAUCACCAGUGAGAAUGCAGAAUCUUUCCACUUCAGCCUGCUGCAGUUCAUCAAACUAGAAGCCUUUACAGAUGAAGGUGGAGUUCAGCUUGCUGAUGGAGGAUGGCUGGUCCCCAGCAAUGAUGGGACUGCGGGGAAAGAAGAGUUUUAUAGACUGACAGAAGCGUUUUCUAAAACAUAUUCUGUUUAUGUCAGAUAUGAUGUAGAGGUGGACCACAGCCGCAGGCCAGCUCUGAGAAAGAUCAUGGAAAAGGAUGACACGGCAGCCAAAACCCUGGUUCUCUGUGUUUGCGAUAUCAUCUCCAGGGGUCACUCCCCAAAAACACAGAGUCACAAUGACACCAAAACCCCUCACAGUGCAGAUGCAAAGGUUGAAACUUCAGCUGCACUCAUUUGGCUGACAGAUGGUUGGUAUGCCAUUAAAGCUCAGCUGGAUGAACCUUUGACUGCAAUGGUUCACAAAGGUCGACUGGCUGUCGGGGGCAAGUUGAUCAUCCAUGGGGCUCAGCUGGUCGGAUCACAAGAUGCUUGCUCCCCUCUGGAGGCGCCUGAAUCUCUGAUGUUAAAGAUCUGUGCCAAUAGCUGCAGACCUGCACGAUGGGAUGCUAAGCUAGGAUUUCACAAGGAUCCUCGGCCAUUCCUCCUUCCAAUCUCCUGUUUGUAUAGCAAUGGAGGUCCAGUAGGAUCUGUUGACAUUGUUGUACUGAGAAGCUAUCCCAUGCAGUGGAUGGAGAGGAAGCCAGAUGGCAGUGUUGUAUUCCGUUCUUCACGUGCAGAAGAGAAGGAGGCGAGACGAUACAACAGUCACAAACAAAAAGCAAUGGAAAUCUUAUUUGCCAAGAUUCAAUCUGAAUUUGAAAAUGAAGAAAAAGGGAGUAUCAAACCACAGCGGCGAAGAAAAACAAUCAGUCAUCAAGAAAUUGCAAAUCUGCAGGAUGGAGAAGAGCUGUAUGAAGCAGUGGGAGAUGAUCCGACUUACCUUGAGGCUCAUUUGAGUGCACACCAGUUGGAGGCCCUUCAUACCUACAGACGCUCUCUGAUGGAGAAGAAGCAGGCUGAACUGCAGGAUCGAUAUCACCGUGCUCUGGAAGCAGAGGACAAUGAAAUGAACUGCCCCAAACGAGAGGUUACACCCGUGUGGAGACUCUGCAUUGCCGACUCCAUGGAGCAACCCGGCAGGGUUUACCAGCUGAAUCUUUGGCGACCUUCCUCAGAUCUACAGUCUUUACUAAAGGAAGGCUGUCGAUUCAAAGUCUAUAACCUCACCACUUCAGAUGGAAAGAAACGCAGCUGUAUCGAACCUGUUCAGCUCACUGGGACAAAGAAAACACAAUUUCAAGAGCUCCAGGCAUCACAUGAAUGGUUGUCAACAUACUUCCAACCAAGAGUUUGCACAAAUUUUGUGAAUCUUCAAAAUCCAGAUUUUGAGCCACUGUGUGGAGAAAUUGAUCUAGCAGGAUAUGUCAUCAGUGUUGUAGAUGGAAAGGGUUCAUCUCCUGCAUUUUAUUUGGCUGAUGAGAAACAGAAUUUUGUGAAAGUUCGCUGUUUCAGCAGCUUGUCUCAGACUGGCCUAGAAGACGUGGUAAAACCACGCGUCAUAUUGGCUCUGAGCAACCUCCAGCUCAGAGGUCAGUCAAUGCAUCCCACGCCUGUUGUGUAUGCUGGAGAUCUGACAAGUUUUUCUACAAAUCCUAAAGAGGUUCAUCUACAGGAAUCUUUCAGCCAGCUUAAAACUCUGGUCCAGUGUCAGGAGAACUUCUUUGUAACUGCUGAAGAGAAGCUUUCAGAAUUAGUCAGAUCAAAUGGCCUUAGCUCCAGCUCCUCUCCAGCUCUCCAAAGACAAACACCAGCUUCUCUAACAGACAGAAGACAAGACAUAAAGUCAAGUGUGAUUUCUCAGAAGCCAGGCAGAAACCUUGGAUCCUUCACACCUGUCGGCAGGAAGUCUCCUACACCAACAUCUUCAGCAGAAAAAGAUCCCAAAAGCCUGAAAAGGAGGAGAGCACUGGACUAUCUGUCUCAUAUCCCGUCUCCGCCACCUCUUUCCCAUCUGGGCUCAUGUCAGGAGAACUUCUUUGUAACUGCUGAAGAGAAGCUUUCAGAAUUAGUCAGAUCAAAUGGCCUUAGCUCCAGCUCCUCUCCAGCUCUCCAAAGACAAACACCAGCUUCUCUAACAGACAGAAGACAAGACAUAAAGUCAAGUGUGAUUUCUCAGAAGCCAGGCAGAAACCUUGGAUCCUUCACACCUGUCGGCAGGAAGUCUCCUACACCAACAUCUUCAGCAGAAAAAGAUCCCAAAAGCCUGAAAAGGAGGAGAGCACUGGACUAUCUGUCUCAUAUCCCGUCUCCGCCACCUCUUUCCCAUCUGGGCUCAGUGGCUUCUCCAUGUGUAAAUAAGACAUUCAACCCACCUCGGAGGUCUGUGACACCAAGCACUUUAAAAACUGUACAGACACCAUCUCACAAACCCGCUGACUCACUAGGAGAGGAUGAAUGGGUGAAUGAUGAGGAACUGGCUAUGAUUGAUACUCAGGCACUGCGUGUUAAUUUAAUCUAGAUACAUACCACUGUGUGAUGACAAACACGCUACAGCUUUUCAAUUGACUGAAUGUAAAUGUUAAGGUUCCGUGUGUAUAUAACACACAUUUUUUAGGUUUUUUUGUAGACUUGUUGGCCUCAUAAAAUGGGGAAAGUAAAUAUUGAAAUCAUGUCACUUCACAAUGUUUUACAAUUUUAUACUUUUUUCUGUGAGGUUCCUGCAUUUAGUGUUAAAUAAAU